AUCUUGAGUCAAAGUCUUCUGGCUCUGGGGCUGGAGAGGAAUCACUCCAGGCGCCCUAAGGGAAGCAGCUGGAUAGAUUUGGAAAGGUUUCUGGAUGCUGAGAGCUCCACUCCUGUGAGGAAGCCACCAGGGGAUGUAAAUAGCCCUGAACUGCCAGUUGUUCUCUCUCUCUCUCUCUCUCUAGUUGCAACAGAACAACGUGUCUCCCACCAGCGUCGCUGAAAGCGUCAGAGCCUCAGACAGAACACAUUGAGUCCAGUGGCUGUCAGCUCCCAGUCUCUGCCCCGAUUUGCCGAGCGAUGCUGUGAGGCUUGGGGAUGCGCUGCUGACGGUCUCCAGCGCGUUUCUGUCUCCUCAGGAACAGGUCUCCACUUCAGCCGGCUCCCGGGCGCUCCUGACCGAGGGGAGAGAACCGGGAGAUGAUGGACUAACGGGCUCCACUCUCUCUCUCUCUCACACACACACCCCUCCACACGCAAUGGCCCCCGCGAUCUUCAGGAGUCUCCUCGCACUUGUUCACAUCGUCCAAGUUUUAGGGUUCGGUGUUGAUCCAGCCCAGGAAAUCGACGUUUUCUCUGCAUUGCAACUGAGCGAUUCAACCGAGGGCAUCGUCCAGGUCCAAGGAUUUCACAGUGGAAGCCGGGCAUUCCUGUUCCAAGAUACUGCAAGAAAUCUAAAAGCAUCUCCAUCUGCAGUGGAACAUAUUUCUCAGAAGCUGAGUCACACUCGCGAGUUUACUGUUCUGAUUACACUGAAGCAAGUCCACUACAAUUCAGGAGUCUUCCUGUCCAUUCAUCAUUCAGAUAAGAGGUACCUGGAGGUGGAGAGUAGUGGCCAUCGGAAUGAAGUCCGUUUUCACUAUCGAUCUGGCAGCCAUCAGUCUCACACAGAGGUCUUCCCAUAUGCUUUGGCCGAUGGGCAGUGGCAUCGUGUUGCCCUGGUCAUUAGUGCAUCCCACUUGAUUUUAUAUGUGGACUGUAACAAGAUUUAUGAACGAGUUAUUGAAAGGCCCAGUAUGGACAUUCCAAUUGGCUCAACAUUUUGGUUAGGACAAAGGAACAAUGUUCAUGGCCUUUUCAAGGGUGUAAUGCAGGAUGUACAGAUUCUCCUGAUCCCACAGGGACAUAUUACUCAAUGCCCUGACCUCAAUCGAACGUGCCCUACAUGCAAUGACUUCCACGGACUUGUGCAGAAGAUUAUGGAGCUCCAAGAUAUUUUAGCCAAGACAUCAGCAAAGCUGUCUUACGCUGAGGAGAAGAUGAACAGUUUGGAUCAUUGUUACUGUGAGAAGAGCUGUAAGGUGAAAGACCUGGUCUACAGAGAAUCACAGUAUUGGGCUGAAGGCUGCAGGAACUGCACAUGCAAGAAUGGAACAGUCCAAUGCAAGAGAAUGAUGUGCCCCACUGAGAUUUGUCCUCCAGGUAAUGCUCCAGUCUACACGGAAGGAAAAUGUUGCAAGGAAUGCCAACCUGUAUGUGUCCUUGGUAACAAGCUUUACUAUAAUGGGCAGAGGGUGACAGAAUGGAAAGCAUCAGGAGAGUGCUCUAUCUUGGAGUGUAAGGACAAAUUGAUGCAACGUGUUCAAUAUUCAAGCUGUCCUUCGCUGCCCUGCUCACGAUCAAACCAAAUCUCCCUGACAAACAGCUGCUGCAAGGUUUGCAGAGGUCAUGACUUUUGUGCUGAUGGCCCCAACUGCGUCGAGAAUUCAGAAUGUGUGAAUUUGGAGGCUAGUGCUAUCUGCAAAUGCAAAAGUGGUUUUGUGCCUCUCCGUGACGAUGAAGCCUACUGUGAAGAUAUUGAUGAGUGUGCCCAAAAUAAACACUACUGUCGAGAGAAUACCAUCUGUGUGAAUGGCGCUGGGUCCUACAUCUGUAUCUGCAAAACGGGUUAUAUUAAGGUUGACGAUUAUUCCUGUACAGAUCAUGAUGAAUGUAGCACAAAUCAACACAGCUGUGAUGAGAAUGCUCUGUGCUUUAACACUGUUGGAGGUCACAACUGCAUUUGUAAACCAGGAUAUACUGGUAAUGGUACCCACUGUAAAGCAUUCUGUGAGGAUGGCUGCAAGAAUGGAGGCACUUGCAUCGCUCCCAAGUUUUGCGCAUGUCCCCAGGGAUUCACAGGGCGACUUUGCGAAACAGACAUUGAUGAAUGUGCAGAGGGCUUUGUUCACUGUGACAGCCGUGCUAAUUGCAUCAACCUUCCUGGAUGGUACCAUUGUGAAUGCAGGGACGGAUACCAUGACAAUGGUCUGUUUGCCGCAAAUGGAGAGACAUGUGAAGAUAUUGACGAAUGUGGAACCAGGAGACAUACUUGCACGAAUGACACUGUUUGCUUUAACCUGGAAGGAGGUUAUGAUUGUAGAUGUCCUCACGGGAAAAACUGUACAGGGGACUGUGUUCAUGAAGGCAAAAUAAAGCACAACGGACAGAUCUGGGUUUUAGAAAAUGAUCGCUGCUCAGUCUGCUCAUGCCAGCAAGGUGAGGUUGACUGCUGGCCUCUGCUGUGCCCGGAAAUCGAUUGUGAAUUUAGCACAAUCCCGGAGGGUGAAUGCUGCCCGCAAUGUACCACUGAUCCUUGCCAAGCUGACAAAAUCCGCAAUGACAUCACCAAGACCUGCGUGGAUGAGCUUAAUUUGGUCCGCUUUACAGGAUCUUCAUGGAUAAAACAUGGCACGGAAUGUACUCUCUGCCAAUGCAAGAAUGGUCACGUCUGCUGCUCAGUGGACCCUCAGUGCCUUCAGCAACUCUAAACCGUAAAACACUCUGUCUAGCAUUUGUUGUGCCAUUUGUAUGGAAUUCCUGUCAAUUCUACAGGGCAAGAGUUAACAUCAGUACAAAGCUCUCUAUAAGAACAACUUUCCUAUCAGAAAAUAACGUUUAUACCAAAUACAUAUUUAUGUUCAACCAAAUCAGAAGCUGUUAUCAUCAAGAGGAAAUUACAUCCUAGCAAGGACCGAGAGUGCUGGAGCUAAAUGUGGCCAGUUUACAAACAGAGAAAUCAUUUGAAAGCAAGUGCAAACUUGGUAGAUUGUAUGUGAAAAAAAAUGUUUUAACACCAAGUUUAGAAAGAGUAUAUGUACAAGCAUGACUAGACGGUAAGGAUCUCAAUGCAAGGAAAGUCAUGUAAUGUAUUUUUUUCUGUUAUUUGUUUGAAUUGAUGUUUCCCAGUUCCAAUGAUUGCUGACUUGCUUGUCUUAGUGCAAAUACGUCGAAUUUAAAUUAAA